GAUCCACAAGUCAUUGAUCGUAAGCGAAGUGAUAGUCAGCACCAAUAUUCACUGCCGGAGAAACUUGUCAUUCCUACUGUGCCUCCGAGCAUGUCAAUGGGUGGAGAGUAUCCAACAGAUCAGUAUGAGCUUGUAUAUGAAACUGAUAAUGCAUCGCCGCCAUUAUGUCAUAUCGAGCGAGACGAUUAUGACAAUGGGUAUUCACAUGUCGAUGAAAAGAAACGCUUUUUCUGCUCAGAAAUGACGUGUUUUUGGCAUGGCCCUACUCAUGCUUCCUUGCGGCGGCAUGUGAUGGUCACACACAGUCGUAAUACACAUAACAAUCAUCCCGACGUUCGUGGCUUAUCUACCCAGUCAAGUCGGCGUUCCACGAAGCCAAAAGGGGUAAAGUGUAGUGAAUGCGGACAAAUGGCUUAUUCUCGUCCGUUACUUCUACGGCAUAUGACUCAGGCUCAUGGAAUUGUUGCUCCAUUAAUAUAUAAGACUUUCUCGGAUAGGGAAAGUUUACAGAACUGGUUAGAGCAGCUACGUGAAACCCACGCAGUCGAGUUUGUGGUCUCUUCUGGCUCCAAGAAAUGGGGUCAGGGUCUACAGGUAUUUUUUACUUACGUAUAUGAACUGCACAUUUUUUAA